GCGUCUCUUCUCCUCUUCGGCAAGUUUGUCGGCGUCUCUCUCUCUUUCAUGGAGGAAGCCCCCGCCGAAAUUCAUUCCUUCCAAACCCUAAUACCGCCGCCCCCAUCUCCUCCUCCUCCUCCCCCGCCUCCGCCGGCAAACGAAACCCUAUAUCAUGGCUUCCUACCGUCUCCGCCCGCCGAUCCCUACCAGGCCCCUUCCGUCGCCCUAGGCAAGGCGGACGUCCUCCUGUUGAAGCUCGAUGAUCGGCAGGUGCUCUCCGGAAACGCAAUCACUCACAGUGGCACCGACAAGGACGCCUCAGGCGGCGAGGAGGAGGCCAGCAGCCGCCGCCGUCGCCGGCGCAGCCGGUGGGAUCCGAUUCCAUCAGAGGCCGAUCAGAACGGCGGCGGCGGCGAUGCGGAUGGCGACGGUAGGGGUAGGAAGAGGAAGUCCCGUUGGGCGGAGGAAGAGCCGAAGCCCGUCGUUCAGCUCCCCGACUUCAUGAAGGAGUUCACGGCGGAUCUUGAUCCAGAGGUACAGGCCCUAAAUUUCAGGCUUCUUGAGAUCAGCCGUCGUUUGCAGUCUACCUUGCCGCUGGAUGACCUUCCUGAAGGUGCCCGGUCGCCAUCGCCUGAGCCGAUCUAUGAUAACAUGGGCAUCCGGAUCAAUACCCGCGAGUAUCGUGCUCGGGAGAGGUUGAAUAGAGAACGGCAGGAGAUUAUCUCCCAACUGAUUCAGCGGAACCCAGCGUUCCGCCCUCCAGCUGAUUACCGUCCACCAAAGCUCCAGAAGAAGCUCUAUAUUCCUAUGAAGGAGUAUCCAGGCUACAACUUCAUCGGUCUCAUCAUUGGUCCGCGAGGGAAUACCCAAAAAAGGAUGGAGAAGGAGACAGGAGCCAAGAUCGUCAUCCGGGGAAAAGGGUCUAUAAAAGAAGGUAAGCUGCUUCAGAAGAGAGAUUACAAGCCGGAUCCAGCUGAGAAUGAAGAUUUACAUGUCCUGGUGGAAGCCGAGACACAGGAGUCACUAGAUACUGCUUCCGCCAUGAUCGAGAAACUUCUGCACCCCGUUGAUGAAGUGCUGAACGAACACAAAAGACAGCAACUGAAAGAACUUGCAGCCUUGAAUGGAACUAUCAGGGAUGAGGAAUUCUGUAGGUUGUGUGGUGAACCAGGACACAGGCAGUAUGCUUGUCCUGCACGCACCUCAACGUUUAAGAGUGACGUUCUUUGUAAAAUUUGUGGAGAUGGUGGGCAUCCCACAAUUGACUGCCCCAUGAAAGGAACAGUCAAGAAGAUGGACGACGAGUACCAAAACUUUUUAGCUGAGCUUGGCGGUGCUGCUCCAGAGUCUACCAUGAAGCAGAACUCUACGUUGCCACUGCUUGGUUCAAAUGCACCAGGAACCAAUCCUAACGGUGCACAAAGCCUGAUCAAGAAAGAAUACGAUGAAACAAAUCUUUAUAUUGGGUAUCUGCCUCCCGCUUUUGAUGAUGAUAGCUUGAUUAGGCUGUUCUCCCCCUUUGGUGAUAUUGUGAUGGCAAAGGUUAUCAAGGAUCGAAUCACUGGUCUCAGUAAAGGUUAUGGUUUCGUCAAGUACUCAGAUGCAUCCAUGGCUAAUCAGGCAAUAGCUAGUAUGAAUGGUUAUCAUCUGGAAGGAAGAACUAUAGCUGUUCGUGUAGCUGGUAAACCGCCACAGCCGACAGUGCCUCCGGGUCCUCCAGCUCCUCCGGCACCAAUUGGUGCAUACCCUUCUCAGCAGUACUUGCCAGGUGCACCUCUUGCAAACCCACCACCUCCACCUGGUAGCUAUGCUCCAGUCCCUUGGGGACCACCUGUUCCUCCAUAUGCUCCCUAUCUUCCACCUCCCCCUGGUUCAAGCAUGUACACUCCGGUACAAGGUCAGUCAGUGCCUCCCUACACACUGCAGUACCCCCCUCAGCAACAAAUAGCCCCUCCUGGUGUCCCAGAGCAAAAUGCGCCUUCUAGUGAAGCGAUGCAGAAUCUUCCUCCUGGAGUUCAACCUCAGAGUGCUACUACGGCUGUUGUUACACCUGUACCAACUGAUAUGUUCGGUAGUGGUUCUGUACCAGGAGUAGUUCCACUUGUUCCUCCACCUUCAUUUGCUCCGGCAACUUAUGGCUAUGCACCUUAUUAUGCUCCUGUUCCACCACCCGUGCCACCUCACAGUUUUGAUCCCGCACAAAGCCUUGGAAAUGUACCAUGGGCCACUAGCACAGUGCCACCUGAGCCCGUCUCCUCUGCAGAACAAAUGACAAUGCAUGGCUCAGAUGCGGAAUAUGAGAAGUUAAUGUCAGAGUUGAAGUGAUGCUGAAAUUUAUAAAGGCGUGUGGUAUCUUGGAGCUAAAUUCCUGAUUUCUUUCCUAUGCUAUGACUACAUCUAUUGCAAGUUUGGAACUCACAUCUUAUCUUGCUGAAUGUUCUGAUUAUUGCAGACUGCUGGGGCUAGAAGUGCUUACUAAGUUUGAUGGAUUAAUCGCCACUUUGUAAUUGGUUUCUUUUAUGCCUAACAGUGCUCUUAUCCAACAGGAAAAUUGAUUCUCUACUCUCAGAUCAGCAAGCAACCAAAAGCUUUUCCUAGAUCAGCUACAUUUGCUCUCAUAUGACAGCCUCAAGGAUCUCUUUUCUGAUACUUGUGUGAUGUUAAAUUUGUUUGGAGACUAAUCAUUUGGCUUAUCUUCAGUGUUUUGAUAGUUUUCUUUAUGAACCUAGUUACAUCUAUUAGCACAAGUUCUUUUUUUUCUUUUUCACUCUACUUGUGAGCUGCCUGAUCUGUCAUGCAGAGUUGACAUCCAUUAUAUAGCUUCCUUCUGUGUGGCUAUGAGCUAUUUGCCAUGCAACUUCA